AUGUCCGACGCUGUUGAAAGAAAGAAGAGAAACUUCAAGACCUUCACCUUCAAGGGUGUUGAUUUAAAAGACUUGGUUGAAAUGCCAACUGAAGAAUUCACUAAGUUAUGUAGUGCCAGAGUUAGAAGAAGAUUCUCCAGAGGUUUAGACUCCAAGCCAAUGGGUUUAAUCAAGAAGUUGAGAAUUGCCAGAGCUAACACUCAACCAAACGAAAAGCCAGCUACUGUCAAGACCCACUUAAGAAACAUGGUCAUUGUCCCAGAAAUGAUUGGUUCCGUUGUUGGUGUUUACAACGGUAAGGUUUUCAACACUGUUGAAAUCAAGCCAGAAAUGGUUGGUCACUACUUAGGUGAAUUCUCUAUCACCUAUACCCCAGUCAGACACGGUAGAGCCGGUAACGCUUCUUCCAGAUUCAUGCCAUUGAGAUAA